CUUUCGUUUCCCACCUUGCUUUGGAGUCAAAAUUUCAUGUAAACGCGUUGAUGAAGACAAAUUGGGUCUUUGAAAAAUUUGAUGAAGAAUUGGUCUUCAAGCAGCCUUUCCCACUUUCAAGUCUUCGUUCUUACCUCUCGGAAUUUUCCAAGUCUUCUUCUUUACUACCAAAUCCCUAUUAAACUCCAUUAUUUUUAGUGCCAUUCAGUUUUUCUCCGACAUUUCCAAGUUUUCCAGUUAAAGGCAAACAUAAAAGACGGAGUAGCAUUUUUCACAGUUUCCCUGCUGAAACAGACAAAGGGUCUUUAUCAUGAUUCAUCUUCUGUCGUUCUGAUGUGAAGCCGAAAAUCCAAUAAUACGGUGCUGGUUAUGUGUGUGUGAGCUGAUUUUGAGGAGUGAGCGUUGUUCAGUUAAUAAAUAUGACUAGCGUUUUGAGGAAUUUAUGGCCCGGCUCUUCGUCAUCGAAGAAUGACGAUCACGAUGAUGAGUACAGCGUGGAGUACUCCUUCGCCGUGGAGUACAGCGGCCCUCCGGUCAGCCACGAGAUUCCUCAGGUGGUUCCGGUGGACGUCCGCCGCAUUCCCACUGCCGCGGUGGCUGCCAAUGCCGUGAUGAUGAGCAAUCUCGCCAUACCGAUUCUUCAGCCAAUCGGUAGAAAAGGCGAUAAAUCGAGCAAUAAAUUGUCACUUGAUCUGAAAUCGAGUGAACCUGCGAGGUCUGGAAGAAUUUAUUCGAGUAAAUUGGAUAGCUUUUCGGAGAAGGAAAGUGCGGUGGAAGGCAGAGCAGGUGGUGCCUGCAAGGUAUUUGAUGAAAGCCCCAGCAGCUCUGGCACGCUGGGAUUCUCUGAUGGCCGCGAUGAUUCCAAUCAGCUGUCGGGAAGCUCGGAUGGUGAAGAACUGGACGACGAGAACAAGGCGAAUGUGUCUUAUGAUAGCCUUUCCUACGCGAGCACGUGCAACUCGAUAGAGGAAGUGGGAGAAGAAUGUGAAGCAGAAGCUUCUGGCGCAGGAAACAGAGCGCCGGUUGUCACGUUCCGUGAGCUGUCUUCGUGUGAUUCUGCGUCCGAGGAGAGUGACCAUGACGAGUCUGCAGUAUCACCGGAGAGGCCCGUGUUAGUUGAGGACGUGAAGGGGAUGUGCCACAGGUGCAGCAGGCGCAACCGGUUUGGAGAGAGGGAGGUUUGCAUCGUCUGCAAUGCAAAGUAUUGCAGCAGGUGUGUGCUGAGGGCAAUGGGGUCGAUGCCUGAAGGGAGGAAAUGCAUCUCCUGCAUUGGUCACCGGAUUAAUGAGAUGAACAGGGGAUCGCUUGGGAAACGUUCGAGGAUGAUGAGGAGGAUGCUGACACGCGAGGCAGUUAAGCAGAUCAUGAGCGCGGAGCUGUCAUGCCCUGUUAACCAGCUGCCGCCUGAUCGGAUCUUUGUGAACGACAAGGCAUUGUCGAUUGAUGAGCUGGUUAUGCUGCAGAGCUGCCCGAAUCCUCCCAAGAAGCUUAAACCUGGGAGAUAUUGGUAUGAUAAGGUGUCUGGAUUCUGGGGAAAGGAGGGAGAGCCGCCGUGCCAGAUUAUCAGUCCCCUGCUGCAGGCAGUUGGUUAUCAGAUUAGGCAAGAUGCUAGCAAUGGUGACACAAACGUGCUGAUCAAUGGACGGGAGAUAACUAAACCCGAGCUCUGGCUGCUGUGGGCUGCUGGAAUCCGGUACGAGGGUGAUCCUCACUUUUGGAUCACUGCAGAUGGAUCGUGUCAGCAUGAAGGCAUGAAUAAUGUUAUUGGGAAACUAUGGGAAAGGAAACGAGCCAAGAUGUUAUGUAUGGCUCUGUCUUUGCCAUUUCCUUCUAAUAUGGCUAAUCCUGGUGGCGAAGACUCCAUUAGAGAUAGGGAAAAUGCUAAUGCAAAGAGGAUAGAGCGGAGCAUGAUGAAUAAACUUCUCCUAGUAGGCUGUGAUCAGUCUGGAACGAGUACGAUAUUCAAACAGGCCAAAAUUCUGUAUGACGUCCCUUUUUCAGAAGAUGAGAAGCAAAGCAUCAAAAUCAUGAUCCAAAGAAAUUUAUAUAGAUACAUUGGUAUUCUUCUUGAGCAGCGAGAGCAUUUCAGAGAAGAAGAUGCGAUGGAAUUAAGAAGGCGACGUACUGACAAGCCUGGUCCUUCAGAUUCUGAGAAUCCUUCACUGAUGGCAGAGGAAUCUAACCACAUUGAUGAGAAGAAAGCUUAUUCAUUCAGUCCAAGGCUGGAAAAUUUCUCGAGCUGGCUACUCCAAAUCAUGAUGACAGGCAACUUAGAGGCUAUAUUCCCGGCUGCUACUCGAGAGUAUUCACCUCUAGUUGAGGAGCUAUGGAAAGACAAAGCUUUUCAAGCCAUUUACAAACGGAGGAACGAGCUGCCUAUGCUGCCUAGAGUUGCUAACUACUUUUUAGAUCGAGCAGUUGAAAUUUCGCAGAUGGACUAUGAGCCGUCUGUACUGGAUAUCCUUUAUUCAGAUGGCGUAACAUCUUCAAAUGGAGUUGCAUCCAUGGAGUUUUCUCUUCCAACGUCGUCUCAGGAUGGCUACAUGGAAACCCUAGAUCAGAACGAACCACCGAUAAGCUACGAGCUCAUCAGAGUUCAUGCAAGCAGCCUCGGACAGAACUGCAAGUGGCUGGAGAUGUUUGAAGAUGCCGACCUCGUCCUGUUCUGCAUCUCCCUCACGGAAUACGCUGAGUACCACGAAGACAUAAACGGGACGCUAUCAAACAAGCUGUUGGAGACCAAGAAACUCUUUGAGAAGAUCAUCACUCAUCCGACCCUCGCUGAGAAACACUUCCUUCUCGUCCUCAACAAGUUCGACCUGCUGGAAGAGAUGAUCGACCAAACUCCCCUGUCGCAGUGUGAGUGGUUUCGAGACUUCAACCCGGUGAUCAGCCAACACCCUCACAAUCCCAACAGCAACAACAACCCUUCCCUGGCGCAGCGCGCCGCCCAUUAUGUGGGUGUGAAGUUCAAGAGGCUGUUCUAUUCCCUGACCGGGCAGAAGCUGUAUGUGGUACGAGCAACGGGGUUGGAGGCCGAUAGCGUCGACAAAGCCCUUAGGUAUGGUAAGGAGAUACUCAAGUGGGAAGAUGAGCGGCAUACUACUGUGAGCUUGAAUCCAGAUUCCAGUGAGAGCAUUGAUCCAAGUUCCUCUGCUUACAACUCUUAAACUUGGAACUAAGUUGCCCUUUUCGAGUUUUGGAGACAUCAAAUGUAUAUAUACAUUCAAGUUUUUUGUGUAAUAAAUUUGCAAAUGUGUUGUAUUUCACAUUCGGAAUAUAUUAAAAUUCUUUGAUUCAA